UAAAACGGCUCUUCAACCGAGAGGAUGAGCUUUCGAAAACUGCUACUGUCUCUCUCUCGUUAAAAGCGCUCUGUCGGGUCUUCCACGAACUAAAGUUACGGCUACAAAGUGUCAAACAUGUGAUUGUUGAAGCCGGCAAAAGUCGCAAAAUUUAUACCCAAAGUAUGAAAUUGUGUAUGUACUAUUGUGGAAUUUGAAAUGUACUAGCAAUAGUUUUAAUCGUGGAAACGUUUAGAAAUAUUUUUUAAAUUAUCAGUUUCAACCUGGAAUAAGUGUGGGGAAAUUCACGAAACGUAGAUGAUACGAGUAAUAUUAGGGAUUACAUUUAUUAAAGAAUUCAAGUGUUUUAGGAGUAUGCAGUUGUAAAAGGGUGGAACUACAAAAAUAUAGUUCUAAUAAAAUUAUGAAUUUGGUGUAGUUUGGGAGAUAGGUAUUAUCAUCAACUUGUCUGCGGUGUUUCUUGAUUCCAAAUCAGAGUUAUCAUCAAGAAAUUUAUCAAAGUUGUGCGUCGAUUUGUGAUUCUAAAUCAACAGGUUGAUCCACUUCUGAAGCCAGAACGGUAGUUGGUUCAUUCAUUCGGGAGUGGUAUCAUCCAAAGUAGUGUUUUUGAUUAUUGUGUUAUGUGUCAAUCUCCACUGGAAAAAAUAGAGUUAUUAGGAAGUGAUAUGUGAUACAUCCAGUUACUUCGAGAGCUUUUAGUGAACUAUACCGUCGACUAACAGAGUUAAUGUGUUGUAUUUCAUAAUGUUAUUGUGAAAAUCUCGCCGAUUUUGAACCUACCACUACAUCAAGUCAGCCAGGAUUUCAAAUCGUCACAUCAGAUCAACAUAGUACAUCGAGGAAAAAGCUAUCAUAUUUCCCUGUAACAAUGAGAAAUAAAAGUCAGUGCAUUAAGACAAUGACAGUGAAACAAUCGAGUUCCAAGAAAAACGCAUAAACAGUAGGAGAGAACAUUUAAUUAGAAAAUCAAUGAUCACCUGUGGAAGAUGUGUUAUUGUUUUUUUAUGGCGUAGAACAGUUCAGUUGUGAUAGAGCUCGAGUCUUAUAGUUAUCAAUCCUGUUGGAGUAGUGUCUACGAUAUGAAACAAGCUUGCCAGUGACUUUCAACAUUGAUCUCAAUUCUUUAUAGCUCUGAUUUGUUCAAAUACUACUCCUCACUAUAAUAAAGUCUCACUAUGAACUGUUUCAAACAAUAUUUCAAAUGUUUUUUAUAAUAGCUUGAAACUUUAGGUAGGCUAUAUUAAUCACAGUGAAUAACAGCUUGUGAGACUGUUGGAACGAAACGAUUAUUUUGAAAAGAAGUGGGCCUAAAAGACUACUUGUGGCAUUCCCUGUGAAAAUUUAGUAACUCUGUAACAUUUUGGAAAACAUCUGACUAAUUGAUUGAAUUUUCGAAGUGAACAGACUUUUCUAGGAGAAAUCGGAAAAGUGAGUAACACCAUAGACUAGGAAUCUUUGAGUGCUAAAACAUUGCUUUGAAGUAUCUACGAGUUGAAAAAGUUUUUCGAAAAUGUUGGAGAGACGAAAAACACUGUACUGUCCGCUGUAUGAACCUUUGGAUACGACUUUGAUUCCAUGGCCUGGAAUGAAGUACGCAUGCGUCAGAGUUCUAGAACUCUAUGGAAAGGUGUUCGACCAGGCUGAGCUAUGCGAACUCAUUGUCAGGAAGACGUGUAACUCGUGCAAGUGCCCGCGGGAGGACCACGAGGUGUACCACGAUGAGUGGAUCAACGUGCAGGAGAGACUCGGCUUCAAGCCAUCCCAGGAUCCCGAGAAGAGGAACUCGAGAGAUCGGUGUCUGCAGGAAGGCUACUCCUGGGUCCCUCCUGGUCUGUCGUCCAGGAAGAUAGAGCAAUACUUCUGGCAACUACCGGAGAGCAAAGUGCCGAAAGUGGGUUCGCCGGGGGAGCAGUACAGACGCAGGCAGAUCAUGCUGCAGCUGCCCAAACAGGACUUGGCGCUGGCCUACUGCAAGCACCUCGACUCGGCGCAUCACUCCUCCUUCCAGGACUUCAUCAACGCCAGGAAUGAGAUCGCGCUCGACAUCGCUUACGUCAAAGAAGCGCCUACUGCACUUCGGUGUCCGGAAUGUUCGGAGAUGCUGAAGGAGGACGACGUAGGGGUGCUGGCGCCGAAGCUGGGCAGCCAGGUGAUGUGGCACCCGGCCUGCUUCGUGUGCAGCACGUGUAAACAGCUGCUGGUCGACCUGACCUACUGUGCCCACGACCAGGCUCUCUACUGCGAGCGCCACUACGCCGAGCAGCUCAAGCCCCGCUGUGCGGCUUGCGAGGAGUUGAUUUUCAGCGGCGAAUACACGAAAGCGAUGAACAAGGACUGGCACAGCGGUCACUUCUGCUGCUGGCAGUGCGACGAAUCGCUGACGGGACAACGCUACGUGCUGCGGGAUGACCAUCCCUACUGCAUCAAGUGCUACGAGUCCGUCUUCGCCAACCCCUGCGAACAGUGCAACAAGACUAUCGGCAUCGAUUCUAAGGAUCUGUCGUACAAGGACAAGCACUGGCACGAGGCGUGCUUCCUGUGCAACAAGUGCCAGGUGUCGCUGGUCGACAAGCAGUUCGGCUCCAAGGGCGAAAAGAUCUACUGCGGCAACUGCUACGACACGCAGUUCGCAUCCCGCUGCGACGGCUGCACGCAGAUAUUCAGAGCCGUUGAAACAACCGAAACGCAAACCAACAUGGCGACCGACGUGCUGAGUAGCAAACUGACCGGACUGAAACUGACGACGAAGACGGUGGGUGAGGAACGGAUAAAGGAGGCGAAGAGGAAGAACGAGGAUGUGGCGAUGUUGACGACUUUCAUGCCGGGCCAGGAGUACAAACACUUCAACUGCGCCCUGGGCAAAGAGUGCUUGCUGGCUGAUCCCAAACGAGCUCCAGCAGGCACAAAAAAGAUGGAGUACAAGACGCGCCAGUGGCACGAGCAGUGCUUCUGUUGCUGCGUCUGCAAAUCGCCCAUCGGCACCAAGAGCUUCAUCCCGCGCGAACAGGAGAUCUACUGCGCCACCUGCUACGAGGAGAAAUUCGCCACUCGCUGCGUCAAGUGCAACAAGAUAAUCACAUCAGGUGGCGUGACAUACAAGAACGAGCCGUGGCACAGAGAGUGCUUCACGUGCACCAAUUGCAGCCUCUCUCUGGCCGGACAGCGGUUCACAUCACGUGACGAGAAGCCAUACUGCGCCGACUGCUUCGGCGAACUGUUCGCCAAGAGAUGCACCAGCUGUUGCAAGCCUAUCACUGGAAUUGGCGGCACAAGAUUCAUUUCGUUCGAAGACCGUCACUGGCACAAUGACUGCUUCAUCUGCGCCAUGUGCAAGAACUCUCUGGUCGGUCGUGGAUUCAUCACCGACGGCGAUGACAUCAUCUGCCCCGAUUGCGCCAAGACAAAACUCAUGUAAAAGCAGCCGCUGAAGUAUACAUCACUCACGCAUUUCAAUUAUUAUCAGUUAGUAAUAAAUAUGAAUAUCCACCUCUAACACUUAGAACAACACUGCAAUGAAAAUCAUUGUCAGUAUCACCUUAGUUGGUUUGGUUAGGUGAGGUUAGGUUGGUCUAACAAAACAGCACAUGCCAACAACAUAAGUCAUCAAAACACUAGCUACUUGUCAUCGCAUUCUAUCAUCAGUUAGUUAGAAACCGGAAAAUCCACCUUUAUCAUGUAGAAAAUACUGCAGAAGAUAUCACAAUUGAUUCAAUUAUUUUAGGGUAGGUUGGGUUAUAUCAGGCUAGUACCUUCAAAGCUUGCAUAAUUAUGAGUGCCGAAGGCAGGAUAUUUUCACAACAUUACAUUGCAGCUACUACAAUAUUAUUAUAGAGGAAAUAAUUUAAUAUGGAAUAAUCAUUUUCUUAGAUAACCAAGCUAUUUGUAAUGUGAUAAAUGGGUCCUAGCCCAACCUACAAAGUUACAAGUCUGUAGGAAUUUAGUCAAUAAAGUAGCUAGUAAAUCCUAUUUUUGGACUACAAAUACAAAAACUCAUAUUAAUUUUAGCCUUUCAAUAGUAGAUGAAAUAGUUUGAAUUCAGUGAAAAAUUGAGUGCUUCAAAACUCAACAGAUUUUCAACUCAGAAAAAUCGCACCAAAACAUCCAAUUAACAAAACUAACUUAUUAAUAAAUUAUUAUAUGGUAGACCAAGUUUAUAAUAAAAAUUAUAGCUAAUGACGUUAUACAAUAAAAUGUAUACAAAAAUAAUUUACCUAUUCCCAGUUUCAAAAACUGGUUGUAUGAUUUAUUUAUUCUUCUAUUUUAAUAUUUCCAUUUAGGGCUUCCAGGCUAAUCCAUGUUAGUGUUCCCUUAUAAUUUAUGUAACAAUAUUUAUAUUAUGAAUAUUGUUACUGUAUAGAAUUUAAGAUUCAAAUUUGUUGAUUUAUUGUUGGUGAAGUUUAUAUUGGUUGAAGAACAAUCAAAUUGAAUCUAACAUAUUUAUUGUUCAAUUUAAAUUAUAAUAUUUAUUGUAAUUAUCAUAGUCAUUAACAUCGAUCAUUGGCAUUUUCUUUCUAUGUGAUAAUUCAUAAAUUAUAUAUCUGAGGGACAAAUUUACCCUUGAAAUAUCAUCUAUUUGUUAUGAAGUCUAACAAUUUAUUAUCAAAUAUUAUAUCUCAUCUCAUCCUAAUCCAUGACUAUUAAUAAGAUCAUUGUAUAUUUUUAUUAUUAAAUAAUCUAUUAUUUAUUUCGUAGGUUUAACUAAUUUUAAGUGUUAUAUAUUUCGUAUAAUAUAACUUUAAUGCUUUAUACUUGGAAAUGCAACAAAUAAACUAGACUACAAUUUGAUUGAUAUUAAAUCAUGAAAUGUCUAUGUAUACCGGAUUACUAGUACCUAGUUACAUUUUGGAAUAAUAUCAACUUUAGGUAUUUUAUUAUUUUUGAAAAUCGUUCAAAAUUAUAAUAAAACGCUUCAGAUGCCAUAAAAUCAUAUUCAUGAUUUCUUGAGUCUUAAUAUCGCUGUAGUAAAUAUGUUCUGUUACACUUUUAGGGUCAAGUGGCCCAUUAACUUACUCAUAAGUCACUAGUUCCAUUUUUCCAAUUGUUACAGUGACAUUUGAUACAAAAGUAUUGCUCAUUAUCAAAGAAAAUUUUGUUUUGAGAUGAAAUUCAAAGCUUGAAAGUUACUUUACUUGGAUAUUGAACAGAAUUGAAAAAUAAAAUAUUUUUAUAUGAUUUGAUGUUAGAAUAAUCAUAUAGCUUCUAUGUAAAAUCUAAAAUAAAAUAACUCUUCAAUAUUAUAGGAGCAAGAUGAUCAAUAUAUUCUCUUGGGUGCUUCUACUAUUUGUAUUUGGUGCUAAGCUUAUAACAAAUGUAUUUUCAAUGUGUUUUCUGGUAAUUUCUCUUGUUCAAACUUCAAUACAAAUUGAAAAAGCAUUUUACUUCCAGUUCUGAAUGAAUGUAUGCUAUUACCUACCUAUUUAUAUUAAUGACAUUGUCAUAGAGUAAAGAAAAUAUAAUAGUCUAAAUCGAGUAAUGAGGGAAUCGAUUUUUGCAAGGAAUUUAAAACUUAAAUAUCAAUCAAAUAUAUAAUUUUAGGUUUAUUAAGUCACUGUGAAACAUUAAAUUGAUCAAAUUUCACAUGAAAAGUCUAAAAAAGUAAUUUAUUCUAUGUAAAAUGUAACCAUAAGUUGAAUAACCGAAUACAACCCAUAUCACAUUUUGAAAAUUGUCACAAAAUUAUAUAUUCUCCCUUUGUUCUUAAGGCCUAGUUUACCUUUAAAUAAUUGAAGACAAUUAAGCUUUCUUUAAAUGAAUCGUUUAAUAUAUAAAUUCACGCCUUACUCAAGUCAAAAAAGAAAUAUCAAUGGAUAAUUAUUUUAUAAAAUAUUCAACGAUCAAAUUAGUAUAAGCUGUUUGAAUCUAGUACUAGCAACUCUCUAGUAAAUAUUGUGGCCUUAAACUGUAGUGAAUUCAAUCAAAAUUAUAUAUACAGCAGUGUUAAAUAUAUAUAUACAAAAUAAAUUUUAAUAUCUAAUGUGAUCAUUUGUAACAGAAUAGACCAAAUUAUUAAGAGAUUAUAAAGUGAAUUGGAUUCCUUUUUUAAUAACUAUGGAAAUUUCUAAUUCGUGUAUAAUACAACAAAGCGUUUUAUGCUUGGAUAUUGGUAUCCCAGACAACAAUAUUUUGUAAAACGAAUAAGAUUAUAAUAUUUCGGCUUUCAGUAAUUAUCUAUUUGUAAGUCUAUUAAAGAAAGCAUUGAACAAAGCAGCCUAUGAACAAGAAAGGGAUUAUCCGAGCUUAAUAUAACCACUAAUGAAGCGGCUAAUAAUUAAGAGAAUUGGAGGCAAUUUUUCUAACAAAAAAUUCUAAAGUCACUGCUGUAUUAGCUUUAAACUAGAGGAGUGUAUUAUGUGUACUCACCUUGAUUAUUUUUAUAAUGGUAUUACUUAUAAUCAUGUACCGUACCGUAAUACUACUUGGUAUAGAAGAUUGUAAUCAUUGCAAAAAUCAAAUUGAUUUUAAUCAUUUCUCACAUUCUAUCAUCUUUAUAUAAUAUAUUAUCAUUCUUAAUAUUCAACAUUAUACUUCGUUUUUGAUAGAUCUAUUUUGUAAGCUUGUGACUUAGUGACCUACAGUAGAAGAAAAUUUUAAGCUUUAUACUGUACUAGAUCAAUCAAGCUUACUUGAUAUUUAUUCAAUUGUAGAGUGUUAAGCUUGAGAAAGAAUUUGAAACCCCUCUUCUACAGUAGCCUAUUGAAUCAAAUUUUGGAUACUUCUGAUUCACUGAGCUUAUAUUUUCUAAAUAAUGUCAAAACACAAAAAAAGUUUGGGAUUGUUGCUGACUAAUUUCUAAUUUACUCUUGUAAAUUAUAUGUAAAUAAUGUAUUGAGCGACUAUCAAGUUCUUGUUGUUAAUCCUUCAAAAAACGCAUAGAGAUUAUGAUAACCUAAUAUUUUACGGUAAUAACAUAAUAUAUUUGAAAAUGGGUUAGAAAUAUUAUCAAUCUAUACUUUAUUGACUUCAAAAAUCAGAACAUAUCACCUUUGUUACUGAUCUAGUUCUGCUGCCUUCUCAUUACAUAAAAAAUUAUGUAUUUGAUAAAAAUAACAUAAUCUUGUAUGUCACAAGUUUUUGUAUGAGUCGUGGAUAAUAUUAAAAGAUGUUAUCGAUA